AAACCAAAGUCCCGCCUCGGUUGUGUUUCUUACUCCGUGUAUAAAAUGACGGAUUUGACUGUAAGCGGGACACUUUGUGAGUUUAGAGUUCCUUUAGUGAACUCCUGUACAGACACCUGAGUCGGUCCCAUGCUGUAGACGCACCCAGCGCUCGGACACGUCGCUGCAGCCGGGAUUCCUCCGACUUCCGAAGCGAAAACUUCCCAUCCAGCCGCGGCAGAGCCAUGGCAGGGGUGGACGGGUCCGACCAGCGGGCGCUGCAGUAUGAACAAACUCUGAAUGAGUCAAGAAACAUCGAGAUGCUGGCAGCAGCCUGUGCGGUGGGAGUGGGCUGCUGUUUCGCUGCUCCAAUUGGAGGUGUGUUGUUUAGCAUCGAAGUAACAUCCACAUUCUUCGCUGUGAGGAACUACUGGAGAGGUUUCUUCGCAGCUACUUUCAGUGCCUUCAUCUUCAGAGUGCUGGCUGUUUGGAACAGAGACGAAGAGACCAUCACAGCACUUUUUAAAACCCGCUUCCGAUUAGACUUUCCCUUUGACCUUCAGGAGCUUCCUGCUUUUGCUGUCAUAGGUAUUGCCAGUGGCUUUGGUGGAGCUCUAUUUGUCUACCUGAACCGGUUGAUUGUCCAGUUUAUGAGAAAACAGAAGACCAUAAACAAAUUCCUCAUGAAGAAGCGUCUCCUGUACCCAGCUCUGGUCACGUUACUCAUUUCAACAUUAACAUUCCCCCCUGGGUUUGGACAGUUCAUGGCUGGAAAGCUGACCCAAAAGGAUUCUCUGGUGACUUUACUGGACAACAGGACAUGGGCCAGACAAGGGAUCGCUGAGGACUUUGACUACAUUGGACACUCUCAAGCCUGGAAACACCCACAAGUCAGCGUCUUCGUCACACUGGUCCUCUUCAUCAUCAUGAAGUUCUGGAUGUCUGCUCUGGCCACCACCAUCCCAGUACCCUGUGGAGCCUUCAUGCCUGUUUUCGUCAUUGGGGCAGCCUUUGGUCGUCUGGUUGGAGAAAGCAUGGCGGCCUGGUUUCCCGAUGGGAUCCACUCAGAUGGCUCCAUCUACCCCAUAGUUCCAGGUGGCUAUGCCGUCGUGGGUGCAGCAGCCUUAUCAGGAGCAGUGACCCACACCGUUUCUACUGCAGUCAUCGUGUUUGAGCUGACAGGCCAGAUCUCACACAUCCUGCCGGUGAUGAUUGCUGUGAUCCUGGCCAACGCUGUGGCUCAGUCAUUACAGCCCUCGCUUUACGACUCCAUCAUCAGGAUCAAGAAACUGCCCUACCUUCCAGAGCUGGGCUGGGGUCACCAUGAGAAGUAUAACAUCCGAGUAGAGGAUAUCAUGGUGCGGGAUGUGCGAUACAUCACACUUAACUGCUGCUACCGAGACCUGCACAACGUCCUGAUGUCGGGACAGCUCAAGACUCUGGCGCUGGUAGAAUCAGCUGAGUCGAUGAUCCUGCUGGGCUCCAUUGAGCGAUCCCAGCUCCAGUCUCUGCUCUCCCAGCAGCUCGGUCGUAGCCGACGGCUGGAGUACAUCAGGGAGCGAGCUGCUGCUGAGAAAAAACGUCUGUCUGUAUUGUCAAACAGCGACAGUGAUGAUGGGCCGCAGCGGGCCAGUCAGGAGGUCCGCUUCAAGAUCUCUACUGAGGAGUCCACCUUCAGCCCAACCCGUCCAGUCGGCCAGAAGCCCCUCAAACCUGCACUGAAGAGACCUUCUGUGGUAGAGAGACCCACUGAGCUUCCCACCAGCCCACAUGACCAUUCAGGCAUCGCGUUGAAGAACCUGUUCUGUGCCAGUCCAGACGUAGAAGGCCUUGAGAAAAACAACAACCUGGAGAGCCUGGUGUCUCCUGAGCUCAGGAGGCCAUCCAAGCGAGUCCGGAUAUCUGUUGCGGAGCCUCCAUCUGGUCUAAAGAGUUUCUCUGGGGAUGAUGGAGAUGUGGAAGAUGACAUGACCCUUAGAGAGAUUGCAGAGUGGGAGGAGAAGCAGCUUGAUGAGCAAGUCGACUUCAGCUCCUGCAAGAUUGACCCCGCCCCCUUCCAGCUGGUGGAGCGCACAUCGCUGCAUAAGACUCACACCAUCUUCUCCCUGCUGGGCCUUGACCACGCCUACGUCACCAGCAUCGGACGCCUCAUUGGAGUGGUUUCCCUCAAGGAGCUCCGUAAAGCCAUCGAGGGCUCGGUGACGGUGAAAGGUGUGAAGGUGCGUCCGCCUCUGGCCAGUUUCAGGGACAGCGGCACCAGCAGCAGCGAAACCGAAGCCACUGAGCUCCACAAGCUGUGGGACCGCCACAAGGGUUUGUCGCUGCCUCGUGAACACAACCCAUCGGAGUCCGACGAGAAGUCCCAGUGAGAGGAAGCUGGGGAUGAAGAGCGGGUGGGGGGAGCGGGGGAGGGGAAACGGAGGAGGUAUUGGGUGCACGGAGGCGUUUUAAGUCCGAAAUCCACAAACAUGCAAAACUCCUCAGGGCAAAAGUAUCCAUAUUUAUUUGUGGAAAGAGUUCUUCUGCCACACCAGCCUUCUCACCUCUCGUCCUCUGCUCCGCUACCUCCUCCCAACAACUCCUCCUUCGCCUCCACCCAGCCUGUGCAUCCUCCAGGAGCCGUGCACUAACACAACCAGAUGCCCCAGAGGAUGCGAGGCACUGCUCUCCAUUCACCUUUGGGGUCCCAGAGAGGAAAGUGUCGGUCUGGUCCAAAACUGAACUGUUAAAAAGGGAUGUUUGUCUCUCCUGCUUAGAUUUGGAAUCAAGCUUUGUGUGUUUGAUCAAGUCUUCCACUUCAGCGAUGAAGUUCUGUCAUGAUGACAAGAUAGAAUAUUGUAGUCUGUGUGUGUGCGUGCGUGCGUGCGCGUGUGUGUGUGUGUGUGUGUGCGUGCGUGAGAAACGUGAGUAGAUGAAGACGAGGCUAGCAGUUAAAUUCAUUCUUUGGGACUUUUUUACUUUCUUUCACAUUCAGCUCUUUUACUUUAGUGAUUUUCUUCUAGUUCUGACAAAUCAGAAGGUCUGAGCUCAACUGGAAACCAGUUCAUCCCACUAACGAGUGUGAAACUGGGAAGGAGGCAGGUGUGUUCCGUAGUAUUUUCUUCUCUGCAUGCUUGUCACCUCAGUGAGAUUUCAGCCUGCAGCAGCGUUGGAGACACCGGUCGCCCUUUGAUCUGACGACGCUCCUUUUGUUCUGUAGCUACAGCCUCUGGCCACAUGCAGCAGAUGUGUAGAAACGCACACAGACACGUCAACGUGACGGGAUCUUUUCAAAUCUAAAUAUAGACUUUGGUCUGAGGAAGGGUGAAGAUGAACGUGGAUGCCUAACCAGAUGCUAGUAAAUCGUAACGGAACCUUCUCUCUGGACUGUUGGUGGCACAAACGUAAGAAGAUAAAAUGCUGAGUCACACUGAAUUGAUAGGUGAGACGAGGCAUACUGGACAUGAUUAAAACACGUUCAAAUCAUCUCUGUUUCUAAUUUAAUCCACAUCUUGGUCAUCAGCUCCCAAAGUUGUUUCAUAUUUUUGCACUUUAUGGUUUGUACAAGUAGACGGGUUAGAGGGAGACGCCAGGCUCGCACAACGACCUUUUCAGGCUUUCUUAAAAACAUUUAAACUCCAUCAACACGACAGCUCAGCCGUCUGAACACCUUCACAAUCGUGUUUUAGAAACUCGGUCGUGAACGACUUACCGUCUGUCACCAACAGUCCCAGCCCAGUUAGGUACUGGUUCGAAGAGUUCACCAGUUGUGUGUGACUAACCCAGUUAACCAGUACAUUCAACCAUUCAAAUCAAUUUAGUUUUUUUUUUCUCAGAUAUUCAUCUAAAAAUGUUUAUUAUGAAGAAAAAAAUGCAAAAUAUUUAUUAAGGUGAAAAAUGGACAGAAAAAUCUAAUAGAUGUGACAGGCCUGGGUGUUUGAUUACUGAUACGACUCAUAACAUCAUAAGUAAUACAUUUUAUAAGUCAUGUCUUGCGUAAAGCUCCAGGCUCGUCAGCAUUUUCUGCUUAUUGACAGAAAAACAUUGAUUGUUUUUUUUUAAAACUUGCCUCAGACGUGGGAGAAGCCAGAACCCAGCACUAGCCUGGUUUCUCUGUGGCUUUGCAUGACAGUUGCAUGUUUGUUUUUAUCAUGUGAAUGUACCAAAAGCAUCAAAGAUGGGGGGUCACCAUGUUGGGCCUGUACCUUCUGCAGCUUCUUCCGCUUUCUAUCUAAAGUGAGCUUUAUUUGUUUCCUGAUCUGAGCUCAGAAAUGUACAGAUUAAUAUAUUUAAUGUUAUUCGUGUAAUAUAAAAUCAUGUUUUAAUGUCUUAACUGAUCUGUGCCUGUUGACUGUUCUCUUCUUUAAAGAGAUGUUGGACUUGUUCGUGUGUGUCUGUGAUGAUUUAAAAGCUGAUUUUCUUUCUGUUGGUCAUGUUUUAUUAUUUAACACUUGAACGACGUUUGUUCCUUUACGCUCACGCUGAUGGUGUCUGUCUGAAGAACGGUGGCUCUGAGACGAAACAUGGACUUGUUCAAGUGCCUCCUCCUGUCUAACCGGUGGAAAUAAGCAAUCAUCACCGCGUUUCUGGAGCUGGUUUUCUCCUCAUACGCAUGCAGGCACUUCUCUCACACACACUAAUAUGUAAGUGGCUUGAUGAUGUUUCACAGCAAUAUGCGACCAUCACCAUGGAAACCCUGGUGUCUGCUUACCCCGGGGGCUGACUGUGAUCCACUGAUUUGGUUCUGUUCAUUUGUUAGUGCGCUGUAUUGAUUCUGGUUGCCAUGCCAGAUGCUCUCGCCUGCAGCAGACUCUACUUCUCAUUUUCUUCCAGACAGACACAGAGCAAGGUAGCUGCGUCUUCACCCGUCUGUCAACAUCAGAACAGACACGCUCUUUGUUUUUCCUUGGUACUGAUGAUCUGCUUGUGGGUAAUCAAGUUUGUGCAAUAACUGAUGUUCAUCUCAUUUUGUAACCCUGUUUUAAUGGUUGACAUGAAAGCAAGAUAACCUUAUUUUUGUAAAGAAACCUGAAAAGAGUAAAAAGAUGUCGGUGUACGAAACACUCAGCUGGGAGCUGACCGUUUAUCCACUCCUUGUGGACCCAACACUACUGCAACCUCUGAGGGUCAAACCACAAUGUCCAGAACUGUUUUUCACAUCGAAAUUUCAAGCAUUGUUUUUGUACAUCAUGAUGAAUAAAUAAGAUUUUAACGAACAA